AAUUGUGCCAAUAUAUAGCUGGAAACCAACGAUGUCUGAGUGUCCCUCAGGCUUUUGAGACCAAGAACAGAGUAAAGAGAAGCUCUUCACAAUGGCACCAAAGAAGGCCAAGAAGAAGGAAGCUGGCAGCUCCAACGUUUUUAGCAUGUUUGAGCAGUCACAGAUCCAGGAGUUCAAAGAGGCUUUCACCAUCAUGGACCAGAACAGAGAUGGCUUUAUUGACAAAAACGACCUGAGGGACACAUUUGCUGCUUUGGGACGUCUCAACGUUGGCAACGAUGAGCUUGAUGAAAUGCAAAAGGAAGCCUCCGGCCCUAUUAACUUCACCGUCUUCCUCACCAUGUUUGGAGAGAAGCUCAAAGGUACAGACCCCGAAGAGACUAUUCUCAAUGCCUUUAAGAUCUUCGACCCAGAGGGCACAGGAAUCCUUAAAGGAGAAGAGAUUAAAUAUCACCUUAUGUCCCAGGCAGACAAAUUUACCGAGGCUGAGGUAAACCAGAUGUUCACAAAUUUCCCGUUGGAUGUGGCUGGCAACCUGGACUACAAAAACCUGUGCUACGUCAUCACCCACGGAGAGGAUAAAGAACAGGAGUAAAAACUACAUUUCCCAUGUUUCUCCAUGUUUGUUCAUGUCCAUUUGUGUUGUCUUCUCCUUAAGCUCUGUUCCCGCCUUUUGUCAAUAAAGAGAUAAA